AUGCUGCUUCAAAACCUGACCAAGUUAAGAGUCCUCAUUCUCGAUGGGUUAAACAUGUCUGGCAUUGACGUGAGUUGCUUAAUGAAUCUCUCCAUCUCUCUCGAAGUCCUCAGCCUCAGUUCCUGUAAAUUGCGUGGCAUGUUAGCAGCAAACAUUUUCCUUUUGCCAAAGCUGACGUGUCUCAAUUUAUCAGACAACAAGGAACUUGCGGGUUACCUACCCGAGUCAACUUGGAAUAGCUUUUUGAAGGUUUUGGACUUGUCCUCGACAGGCUUCCCUGGAGCAUUACCAGAGUCCGUUGGCGACCUGCAUUCUCUGGAGAUACUCUGGCUAUACCAGUAUCUGGAUCUUUCGGACAACAUUUUGUCACUGAGCAAUAGCAAAAAUGUCGAUCAUGUCUUGCCGAACCUUUCAAAAGUCAGUCUUUCUGGGUGUAACAUUACUGUAAUCCCUGCAUUCUUGAGAAAUUUAACCACCGUGGAGUAUAUAGACCCGUUGCGCGACAUAAUCCACAGUGAUAUCCCACCAUGGAUGUGGGAUGUUGGGACUGAGUCAUUGUCUUAUCUCAAUUUAUCUCACAACUUCCUCACUAGCUUCGAACAAGUUCCAUGGGAAAUUCUCGUAGUCCUUGACCUGGAUUCGAACUUGAUCCAAGGGUUGUUUCUACCUCAAUCACUCCCGAACUCGGUUCUCAUCUUCUUGCUGGCUAGAAAUCAAGUGACUGGCCAUAUCCCUGGCUCUAUUUGUGAAAUGAAGGGCCUACAAAUUCUCGAUUUCUCUCACAACAAUUUCGCUGGAACAAUCCCUCAUUGUCUAGGGAACCUCAGCGAGAGCCUUUUAGUGUUGGACCAGCAAGAAAAUGGAUUUUCCGGCAGGGUCUCACUCACAUUCGGCAAAGAUGCUGCUCUGAAAAGUUUUUACCUCAAUGAAAACAAAUUUGAAGGCCUGUUGCCGCGCUCUGUAAUCAAUUGCAAGCAACUUGAAGAGCUGGAUCUCAGUGGAAACAAGUUGAACGACACUUUCCCAAAAUGGUUGGAAAUACUUCCUAGCCUGCGGGUCUUGCUGCGCAUUCUCGACGUAUCCUCCAAUGAGCUCACCGGUCCUUUGCCCAACGCCUACUUUGUAAAUCUAAAAGCGAUGAUGUCGACUGAUCAGGAUGGAUCGGAGUUGCCAUACAUGGACCAGGGUUACUGCCAGGAUUCCAUGAGUGCGAUAAUGAAAGGACUUGACACGUAUCUCCCUAAAAUCCUAGUGAUCCGGACGACUAUUGAUCAAUCAAGCAACAAGUUCCAAGGAAUGAUUACGGACGUAAUAGGAGAGCUAAACAAGAAGAGUUGA